AUAAGAGUCAUUCUCGUGUUUUAUUUCAUCGCGAGUACUCGUCAGUCGUUCGUGACACUCGUAACCGAAAGCGAGUGAACGAAAGUAACGACGAAUUCACUUAGAGAAGUUAAAGAAAGAAUGUAUAAAUACAGUGGCAAUCACCGAAUCGUAAUCAAUCAACGUUAAUUAUUUAUUAAAAUUCAGUUCUCGUGUUUCCAAGAUCGAAAAUUUCAAUAUGAUCACGUUGGGAGUAGCAGAUUACGCGGUGAUCGUACUAACGAUGCUGAUCAGUAUAGGAAUCGGUGUGUACUAUUGGCGAACCGGUGGAAAAGAAAAAUCGACGGAAGAAUAUUUCGUGGCGAACAGAUCGAUGCGAGUGGCACCGGUUGCGAUUGCUUUAACGGUUUCCUACCUAUCCGCGGUCAGUUUGCUCGGAGUCAGUUCAGAAAAUUACCUUUACGGUAGCCAGUACGCUGUGAUCAAUGUUGGAUACGGACUAGCUACUCCGAUAGUCGCAUAUUUCUAUAUGCCGGUGUUCUUUAACCUCGGAUCAGCCAGCGCUUUCGAGUAUUUGCAACAACGUUUCGGAACAGCGGCAAGGUUGGCAGGUAGCUUUGCUUUUCUUCUUCAGCUGCUUCUGUACAGCGGGGUCGUGUUGUACGCACCGGCGCUUGCCCUGGAAGCUACCACAGGAAUCUCGACGACCGCCAGCGUAAUCCUCAUAGGACUGGUCUGCACAUUUUAUUCGACGAUCGGCGGUAUCAAGGCAGUCCUGAUCACCGAUGUAUUUCAAAGUAUCUUGAUGCUGAUUGCCGUUAUCGUGGUGAUCGUCACGGAAGCGGUGGACGUCGGAGGAUUAGAUAAAAUCUGGGAGAUCGCGCGCGAGGGUUCGCGGAUAGAAUUCGACAACAUUUCAAUGGACCCAACGGUACGACACACCUGGUGGAGCUUGACAUUUGGCGGUUUCUUCACCUACCUAUCCUUGUUUGGCAGCAACCAAGUUCAAGUUCAGAGAAUGUUAACCAUCAGAAAUUUGAGAGACGCGAGAUCAGCGAUCUGGUGGAGUUGGCCAUUGUCAUCGAUCAUGUCUUUGGGUCUUUGUUUCUGCGGCUUGGCGAUAUACGCUGAAUAUCGUAACUGCGACCCCCUCGAGAUCGGAAGGAUCACUUCGUACGAUCAAUUAAUGCCCCUCUAUGUGAUGGACAUGCUCUCCACGUAUCCAGGUAUACCCGGUCUUUUUAUAGCCGGCAUCUUCAGCGCUGGACUGAGUACUAUCUCCGCCACGGUGAAUUCCCUCGCAGCCGUUAUACUCGAAGAUUUUAUCAGACCGGUAUGCCGUACAAGAGGAAAAGAGAUGAGCAGAGCGGAAUCGAUGGUUAUCAGUAAAAUUCUAGCCCUGAUAGUGGGUGUUGCUUGCAUAGCCGUGGCUUUUAUGUCCCGCUAUCUCGGAGGAUUGCUUCAAGCCGCGUUGACGAUUUUCGGUGUCGUCGGUGGACCUGUUUUGGGUCUAUUCACGCUUGGUAUGUUCACGGAAAGGGGUAAUCAGCAAGGAGCUGUGAUCGGUCUGAUGAUCAGUCUGAUUUUCUCUCUGUGGAUCGGAUUCGGUCAACCGAAGCCACCGAUUCCGAACAAGGUGCACGCGACCGCUACCGAAUGCAAUGUCACUUUCUAUCACGAUUACGAGGAAUCGUUGAAUUUGCAUUUUCAGAACGGAGAGAGUAACGAUGAUUCAUACUUCUAUCUCUACCGCAUUUCGUACAUGUGGUACUGUCCGAUCGGAUCUGUACUCAGUUUCGUAGCUGGAUGGAUCUUUAGCUGGCUCUUCGAUCGAAUCUCCAAGGAAGAAAGAAAGGAAUUGAAUCCCGAUCUUUUUACCCCUAUUUUGGCAUCGAGAGUGCGCAAAAGACGAUCGAAAAACAUCAAUGAUUUUCAUAGCAACCUAACGUUGGACAAUAUCUCCUGACGAACUCAGCCAAAAUCGUUAAUUUACACCGGAUAGAUCGCCACUCUCGUAAUUGGCCUUCACCUAAAUACAAGUCGAGCCAAGUCUGAAUUCGACAAACCAGACACGUGUCCUCGAUUGUUUUCGAUCUAUCUAAAUAAAGGAAAAUGAUAAUU